AUGGAAGGAGAACUUGAACCCGAUAACAGGCCCUCUGAGGAUGAAAUUGCUCACCCCUCUAUCGCGCCCUCCACCAUCUCCAAUGGCGAAACUCUGAUCCUAUCCGAGGAUAUAAAUGGCCCAAACAAUGGCGAUGUACUCAUAAGUUCUGCCACCGAUCCCUCGAAAAUAGUGUACCAGGUCACCUCACACAUCUCAAUCAAUCGACGGAAACCGAAACUGGUCCUGUCUCACGAUGGCAAGCCCAUCGCACAUGUCUUUCAUCAUUGGAUGACGGGAUACAAGAUUGGAGUUGAUCGUCAGGGAUCAGGCGACGAGAGUCGGAUGCAGUGGGUUGAGAUGAAAAGAGAGGGACUCACGGCACUGAAUAAGAGUUAUUCGUUCGAGUGGAACGGGAGAAUGUAUAUUUUGGCGAGAAUGCGGGGAGAGAAUCGUCAUGUCGGGGGUACUACAGAGUUGAAGAAAGGAUGGCGAGAUUACAAGGUUAUUGAAAAAGACGGUGAUCCCGUUGCUACUUUCACUGCCAAUGCCUCUGAUAGGGAUAAAUGA